GGACGCCGCCGGCGCGCGUGCGCGCUCUGCGCUGCAGCUAGUCUGCGUGCGUGAGUGGGAGGCGGCGGGCCUGCGACUCUGGCCUUCCCGGCUGACUGCUCCGACGCCGCAACCCCAGUCAUGAACCGGUUUGGCACCAGGUUGGUGGGAGCCCCGGCGACCCCGCCGCCACCACCGAAAGCACGAAGCAAUGAGAACCUCGACAAAAUCGAUAUGUCCCUGGAUGAUAUUAUCAAACUGAAUAGAAAGGAAGGAAAGAAGCAAAAUUUUCCAAGACUAAAUAGAAGACUCCAGCAAAGUGGUACCCGGCAAUUCAGGAUGAGAGUACGGUGGGGAAUCCAGCAGAAUUCUGGUUUUGGUAAAACUAGUGUGAGCCGUAGAGGAAGAGUAUUGCCUGGAAAAAGACGUCCUUANGGAGUUAUCACUGGCCUUGCAGCCAGGAAAGCAACUGGGAUUCGAAAAGGAAUAAGUCCUAUGAAUCGUCCACCUCUAAGUGACAAGAAUAUAGAACGAUAUUUUCCAGCAUUGAAAAGGAAGACAAGCCUUCUGAGACAGAAUGAAGUACAAAGGAAACAAGUUGCUGUUCUCAAGAGACCUAAUCAGUUAAACAGAAAAAAUAACAUUCCAGCUAAUUUUACCAGGAGUGGAAAUAAACUAAGUCAUCAGAAAGACACUCGUCAGGCAACCUUUCUUUUCCGAAGAGGCCUGAAGGUUCAGACCCAGUUGAACACAGAACAGCUGAUAGAUGAUGUGGUGGCAAAGAGAACACGUCAAUGGCGUACUUCCACCACAAAUGGAGGAAUUUUGACUGUAUCCAUUGACAAUCCUGGAGCUGUACAGUGUCCGGUAACUCAGAAACCACGAUUAACUCGUACUGCUGUGCCCUCCUUCUUGACAAAAAGAGAACAGUCUGAUGUUAAGAAAGUUCCCAAAGGCGUCCCUCUACAGUUUGACAUAAAUAGUGUGGGAAAACAGACAGGGAUGACGUUGAAUGAACGAUUUGGGAUACUGAAAGAGCAAAGAGCCAGCCUCACGUUCAGCAAAGGAGGAAGUCGCUUUGUGACUGUGGGAUAGGUCCAUGUCCAAGGAGCUUUAAGUGUUGACUGUUUGAAAAGUUGAUUUGCUUGAAGAGUUCAUCGGAGAAGUUCAAGAAACUUUACUUCAGAAUAUUCACAAGCCUAAAUAACUUUAUUUUUGAAGGUUGUUUUGUUUUGUUUUGUUUUGUUUUGUUUUGUUUUGUUUUAUGUAUAAAUAAUGCCCUGAAAGAAUAGCAGGGAAUAUACCUAUCUGUUCUUGAAGAUUUCAUGGUUGGCCCAUACAAAGCAAUUCUCUGUUGACUUUUUUGAUUCCUCCUGAAGCAGAAGGAAGACAGAAAGACAUUGAUUAUUUUUAUGAGCGUGGGUUUAGGAUCUCAUCACUUUUAUUCAUUUUGUAGGAUUUGCCAUGGUAAAUCUUAAACUUGAAAAAUAAGAGUACACCUCUGUGUUGUCACUUACCCAUUCAUGUGUUGGUGUGACAAGGACAGCUGCCUUUCUGUUAUUACUGGUGUUUUCUAACUGUAGGAGAAUUUCGGUUUUGACUUUCGAGGCUUAUGGAAAUAUUUAGACUUGGUUCAUUUUUCAGUUAUUGUUAGAUUAAACUCCCUGAGUUCUAAGCACUUAGUAUUAAACUUUUAAUAAAAAA